AUGGCUAACCAAGAACUCGUCGGCCCCAAAAGUCUCAAUUGCCUCUUUCUUCUUGCUCAACGACGUGCUUAUGACCGUCACUUUACUCCCCAACGCCUUUGCAAACUUCACCGUCAAAUGCCCGAUUCCGCCAAGCCCGACUACGCCAACACUUGCUCCGGGCCGGUCAAGCCCGAACCUCUUCAACGGGCUGUAGGUCGUGAUUCCGGCACAGAGGAGCGGAGCACCAGCGUCGAGCGGCAGGCCCUCCGGCCAGUGGAUGGCGAAAUUCUCGUCAACCACCAUGAGCUCUCCUCGUUUUUCGCGCACUCACCGCACGUGCGGCACGAACCCACGAGACAACCGACCCCGACAUUGUCACCGACUUUGACUUUUUUGACCUUGGGCCCGACUUCG